GCCGCUUUCUUCUUCCGGCGUCUGCCGGUGGCGCGACCCGGGCCUGCGCGAGGUGUGCGUCGGCGUUGCGCCCCGCAGAGGGGUUCUGGGUAACGGCCCCGACCAGCUGAAGCGGCUGGUUCCGUGCAGCAGGUUUUGUCCACUGCGAGUCCUUUGGCGGUGGCGUUUGUAGGGCUAGGGCCAGCGGGACAUGGAGCAACCGUGGCCGCCGCCGGGACCGUGGGGCCUCCCUCGAGUGGAGGGUGAGGCUGAGGAGGAGAGUGACUUGGACGUGUCCCCCGCGUCUCCCCGCUGCCCGCGGCUGCCGGGCGGUGACGCGCAGAUGUAUAGCCAUGAAAUUGAGCUGGCUUGCCAAAAACAGACAGAGUUUGUGAAGAGCUCUGUGGCAUGCAAAUGGAAUCUUGCUGAGGCUCAGCAGAAACUUGGUAGUUUAGCACUGCAUAACUCUGAGUCCUUGGAUCAGGAAUAUGCCAAAGCACAAACAGCAGUAUCAGAACUGAGGCAGCGGGAGGAAGAAUGGCGACAGAAAGAAGCAGCUCUAGUACAAAGAGAGAGGAUGUGCCUCUGGAACAUGGAUGCCAUUAGCAAGGAUGUUUUUAAUAAGAGUUUUAUUAAUCAAGAUAAAAGAAAAGAAACAGAAGAUGAAGAUAAGUCAAAAUCAUUCAUGCAGAAACAUGAGCAAAAAAUCAGACAUUUUGGUAUGUUGAGUCGAUGGGAUGACAGUCAGAGAUUUUUGUCUGACCAUCCAUACCUCGUAUGUGAAGAAACUGCUAAAUAUCUUAUUUUAUGGUGUUUUCACCUAGAAGCUGAACAGAAAGGGGCUCUAAUGGAACAAAUAGCACAUCAAGCUGUUGUAAUGCAGUUUAUUAUGGAGAUGGCCAAAAAUUGUAAUGUGGAUCCAAGAGGGUGUUUUCGUUUAUUUUUCCAGAAAGCCAAAGCAGAGGAAGAAGGUUAUUUUGAAGCAUUCAAAAAUGAACUUGAAGCUUUUAAGUCAAGAGUAAGACUUUAUUCUCAGUCACAAAGUUUUCAACCUGUGACAGUUCAGAAUCAUGUCCCCCAUUCUGCUGUUGGAUCUAUAGGUUUAUUACAGUCCUUACCACAGAAUCCAGAUUAUCUUCAGUAUUCUAUCAAUACAGCUACAGCUCUCUGCAGUUUAAAUUCAGUGGUACAUAAAGAAGAUGAUGAACCCAAAAUGAUGGACACUGUAUAAUUUGGUUAAGACUGCUGAGGCCAAGUGCUAUUUUGUUACCAGAAAGGAAGAACUUGGCUAUUUUCUUGACACUUUUAUGGGUGCUGCACUUUAUUUUUGUUUGUUUUUGAUGGGAGAGAAAAUGGAGUACUGAAACAUUUUGUAACUUUUUUUUAUGUGCUGCUAGGUCUUUUGUUUUUUUUUUUUUUCUGAAGGGAGUGGUACCACAGGUUGGAGAAAGUCAAAGUGGACUCCCUCCACCUCCCCUUUGGCUACUAAUUUUGCCUUUAAUUAUUCUCAAUUUUGGAAUCAAAGUUAGAAAAUCUGCACAAAUGCAGUGUUUACAAGAAGUGGUUGAUUCUAGUAGGCAUCUGCUACAGUCUCUUUUUAUAUGGAUGUGUACAUGUCCUCUACAAAAAUAAUUAAAAAUAUACUUUUGUCCCACUGGUAAUUUAACUGUCAAAUCUGGUGUUUCAUUAAAAGCAAUAAAUCAGUAGUUGGUAAU